GAAAAGAGCGUACUCCCAACUUAAAGGCCGGCAACGCACUUACAACCCCUCUGGUGUUACAGGUGUCCAUGGGCGGCGGUAAUCGCUUACCAUCAGGUGAUCCGUCUGCUCGUUUGCCUCCUCUAUCAUAAAAAAAAAUCAAAAUUCAUGUAAUUAUCUUAUCUGUGGUUGUGCACACAAAGGUACGUCAAGUUAUGCCAACCCUAAUGAUUACUCGGAGCAAUGCUGAGCCGGACGGUCCCGAGAAAGCCCGAACGCUCUAGUUUCCUCCCCCUGGUGUAAGUUUGAUUUGGCCUGAAAGAGUCGGACACAAUAACAAAGUGUUUUCUCUUUCGCUCUGAAAAAAAAAACGACCGGUCAAAGUAAUUUGGUUGCAGCCAGUUGAUUCAUUUCAUUCACUGCCAAUAGACGUGUUGCAUAAAAUGCGUUGCUAAUUAACCUCCCAGUAAUGAAUAGUAAAUAAGUGCAGCAUUUGAAGAAAAUAAUUAAAGAUGAACUCAAAGCACUCUUGUUGCUCCCCCGUUAUGUGUUGCGGAAUACCCGUGGAAAAGGGAUGCUUCGUAUUCUCUACUAUCAAUGUAGUAAUCUGCGGUCUAGGCUUCGCCAGUUGCCUGGGUUUCUUUUUAUACCUAUUACACACAUGGUCUGAAGUCCAGUUCCACAAUCCCAGCGACAUGGUGGUCUAUUGGGUGUUCACGGGUAUAAUCUCUGCCUGCUGCAUAGGCGCCGCUAUAGCGCUUAUAUUCGCCAUUUUGUUGUGUGUUGGAUUACGCAAGAACAACACGUGUUAUGUAAUGGCGUACCUCAUAUACGGCAUUAUUACCGUCAUAUUGAGUGUAAUGUGCACACUUGCAUUCAUCUGGACCGAGUGGUACAGAAUACACUUCGUGAUGUACGCGAUGAUCCCUCUCGGAGUUUGUGUUUUAUACUCAUUAAUGCUGCUGCUAGUAUACCAGACAUAUGUGGUGCUGUCGGAACGCGCGCCCAUCACGAAACAUGGAAGUUUGCUCAAUACAGAUGAUCCUGAAGCCACCAACGCCAAAAGCCCAAACUUAACUAAAGUAGACUGGCGUUUCUGAAGUACUUACAUGUAUAUUCUGCCUCGCAUCCGAAAAUUCCGAAACACUACACUGCGCUCUAAAAAAUGCAUAGCUGACGUGGGGGAGAAGACCGCCAGGCUGAAGUGGGAAUGGGCGGGUCACGUCUGUCGCAUGCAUCCGGAUAGGAGGGCUAGUAUAGCCACCAAGUGGAUGCCGCAAAAUAAGCGCAGACGUGGCAGGCGCAGACGCGAUGGCGGGAUGACUUAGCCGCCUUCUUCUUAGUAACUGUCCUGGAAAAACACAACAACGGGAGACGUGGAAAUCCAGGGGAGAGGCCUGAGGCCCAGUCUGGGACACUACAACGUGUAGAUUUUUUUUAAGGUAAUAUACUAUUAUAAUUGCUUCCCCUCCGAUUUUACGGGCCCGUAAAUCCCGGUCUUUUGAUGGGCUUGCGUGGGGAUAUAGAUCCAACACGUAGAGGGCUUGGAGAGCUUUAAUGUCAAGUAGAACGCCUGCUGUAUAACGAUAUAUGGAUUGAAGUUUGAGUGGACAAUGAGACUCGGUUAUCGCAAAGACGUCCGGGCACCUGCCAUAACAAUGUUUUCACUAAUAUACUUGCGUAUUGAUAUAACAUUACCGUAACAGUUUUUUUAUGUUACCAUAAUGCUUAAGUAUAAAAACUUAUGUAACAAUUUUAGGAUACGGAAAUAUAUUUGUAUAAAAAAUA